AUGUCCGAAGCUGUGAUCAUCAUCUGCUCUCAGCCAGUACUUGAACCUUUCGAUCCUGAAGUCUACGCCUUGAUUGGAGAUGACUCCGACCUUGGACUCGAUUCAAAGAAAAACAUUCCACCGCUAAGCAGGAACGCCCCUAAGGCUGAACCUGAGGUAAUCGAGCUUUCAAGUGGUGAUGAAGAUGAAAAGUACGAUGGACGAGAAAGCAGUUCUUUCAGACCUUACCGGGUUGUGCCACCUUUACCGUCCGGUUUCGACUAUGGAAAGCGUUCAAGAUGGAUGUACUCGGAUAAAGACAGGGCUGAUCACGAAAAGAUGGAAAAGCAACACAAAAUGGAGAAGGAGCGGAUGAGGAGGCGCAGAAAUUCUCAUGAGUUGGAGAAGAUCGAGCUCACGCAGACUGGGCGUUUGUUAGUCAACGCUGGUAUGUAUUUUGAUGAGCGCGUUUUGAAGGUGUCUGUGCAAAAGUUUCUUUUAUUCAAGGACAGUGGUCCCGGAAGAGUCCACCUGAUGUCCAUGUGUCUCCUUACCUUACACAUAUUCUUCAGCCCACAUCAAUUAGGAGGAGUUCGGUUCUUAUAUGACAACAUCGUGGAAUCACUGAGUGAAUUCAAGUCAUCACCUGGAUUUGGAUGCAUUCUGGCUCACAGCAUGGGUCUAGGAAAAACUAUUCAGGUUAUAACCUUCAUUGAAGUAUUCUUACGCGUAACUGAGGCCAAGAAAGUUCUUGUUAUCGUUCCCAUUAAUACUAUACAAAACUGGUAUAACGAAUUCGAGAAAUGGAUACCAAGAUAUUCGGAAAAGGGGGAGCUUUGUCGUCAGUUUGAAGUGUUUCUUCUGGGUGAUUCUGUGAAGACAUUCGAUCAGCGCGUGAAUCUAAUUGAAGAGUGGUCGCGUAAAGGAGGCGUAUUACUGAUUGGUUAUGAAAUGUUUCGCCUACUCAUUCGGUCUACACAACCGAGGAAACCGGUGAAGCCGAAGAACAACUCCUUAUUUCCUCCUCAGCCCGAGCGACCAAUAAAACCUGACGAUUUCGAUCAGGGGUUCACAGCGGAUGGUCGAGUGAAAAAGGAAGCCAAUGACAGUAAGCUCGAUGUUCGUCGUAUAGAAUCAAAGUGUCAACAUAUAGUUGCUUUUAUAGUCAUACGUGGUGCCCUCAUUGACCCAGGAGCUGAUCUAGUUGUGUGUGAUGAAGGACACAAAAUCAAGAACCUCAAUACCGACAUCGCGUCUGCUUUAGGAGCUAUCAAGACGAGAUAUGGAAUCACCCCGAUAUUCUUGCAAAAACACUUGAAAGGAAGCGUGAAGAGCGGAGGAGGACAGCACAACAAAAGGAGGUAG